AGCCCACGUCAGGGGAGGUGUCGGGAUAAAUAGGGUCCCGCAAUGGCCAUGGCUGGCUGCGCUCCGAGCUGCGGGGAUCGAGACUGGAGCUGCCGGGGCGGGUUGGCGGCCGGGAGGCUCAGGGCUGGCGCUGCUCGUGCCCUGUGCGCUGGACGGCAGAGAUCCGCGGCGGGACCUCAGAGCCCCGCGUUACAGCCAACUAGAACUUGGGAAGGGGAUCGCUCCUGGGCCCACAAAGGACUUGAUCCUCGGAGAAGGCACAAGGAAAGGCUAAGGGAGCGGGAAGAAAAGGGUCCUUUCUGCCUGUUGGGGUCGCCCCGCGGGACGACAGUGCCAUGCUCCUCUCGGUCCUGGUGGCGCUGUGCCUGUGGCUGCGCCUGGCGCUGGGCGUGCGCGGCGCACCCUGCGAGGCGGUGCGCAUCCCCAUGUGCCGACACAUGCCCUGGAACAUCACGAGGAUGCCCAACCAUCUGCACCACAGCACGCAGGAGAACGCCAUCCUGGCCAUUGAGCAGUAUGAGGAGCUGGUGGACGUGAACUGCAGCGCUGUGCUGCGCUUCUUCCUCUGCGCCAUGUACGCCCCCAUCUGCACCCUCGAGUUCCUGCACGACCCCAUCAAGCCGUGUAAGUCCGUGUGCCAACGCGCGCGCGACGACUGCGAGCCCCUCAUGAAGAUGUACAACCACAGCUGGCCCGAGAGCCUGGCCUGCGACGACCUGCCUGUCUACGACCGGGGCGUGUGCAUCUCGCCUGAAGCCAUCGUCACAGACCUCCCGGAGGGUGAGGCCUGGGGCAGGAUGGAGGGAGAUGCGAAGUGGAUAGACAUCACGCCAGACAUGAUGGUUCAGGAAAGGCCUCUCGAUGUCGACUGUAAACGCCUAAGCCCUGAUAGAUGCAAGUGCAAAAAGGUGAAGCCAACUUUGGCAACAUAUCUGAGCAAAAACUAUAGCUAUGUUAUUCAUGCCAAAAUUAAAGCUGUGCAGAGGAGCGGCUGUAAUGAAGUAACAACAGUGGUGGAUGUCAAAGAGAUCUUCAAAUCCUCAUCACCCAUCCCUCGAACUCAAGUCCCACUCAUUACAAAUUCCUCCUGCCAGUGUCCACACAUCCUGCCCCACCAAGAUGUGCUCAUCAUGUGUUAUGAGUGGCGGUCAAGGAUGAUGCUUCUUGAAAAUUGCUUAGUUGAAAAAUGGAGAGAUCAACUUAGUAAAAGAUCCAUACAGUGGGAAGAAAGGCUGCGGGAACAGCGGAGAACAGUUCAGGACAAGAAGAAAACAGCUGGGCGCACCAGUCGGAGCAAUCCCCCCAAGGAGAAAGGAAAGCCACCUGCUCCCAAACCAGCCAGCCCCAAGAAGAACAUUAAAGCAAGGAGUGCCCAAAAGAGAAUGAAUGUGAAAAAAGCGUGAGCUGGCACUUACAAAAGGGAGACUUCCACUUCCUUACCACGUGAGGCCAGGCGUUGUCUCAGACGGCCUACAGAAGGCCACACGGCCCCCUCCUUAGCAACUCACUGCCCUGAUCCUCGCAGACACAUCUUGCAGCAUUUCCCUUAAUGAUAUGCUUCAAUUUUUCUUUUUAAGCCACCACAGGCCAUAGUGGCAGGAUUGUCCUUUGGCAGGGAAGUUGUAGUAAAGCUGGUGGGAAAAGCUUACUGAAUUCAGAGUAACCUAUGUGCAUACUCCACAAGAUUUCCGUGUGGGGAAAAUAACGCUUUUUAUAAUUUGACCUAAUAUGUGCAUUGUAAAAUAAAUGCCAUAUUUGAAAUAAAACAUCUAAUUUUUUUACAAUACAUUAUAUUUCCAUUUGGCUUCUGUUGUUACAAUGAUGGGGAUGUUUUAAAAUGUAAUUGAAAGUAUAUGAUGCUUUUAAGGAGGAAAGCAAGAGGAAUGAAUGUUUGAAAGAUAUUUAUAUGUUUAUUGUCUGCAGAAGGAUUUUUGUCUUGAAAGGGAAUUUUGAAAAUCUGAGGGAAGCGGGAUAUUGAAAAUUGUAAUGUGUUUUACACAAAGAAGACUUUUUUGCUCUGUUCUUAGCUAGAAAAUCUAAAAACUAAAAUAAUAAUGAAAAAUAAAUUUUACGAAAGAGGCAGACA